AUGAUCGAAAAUUCGUCCGAUUUCGAAGAAAAAGAAGUCGAGACGAAGGAAAAUCAGCAAGAAGAAUCUCCACAAUCUUUAAUUCCCAAAAUGCAAUUAUCAGAAGAUGAAGUUCGCAAAAUAUUCAACGCAAAAUGCGACGAUUUUGGAAUUUUCGCUACCAACCAAUUAUUCGAUCGUUUUCUUCAAAACCAAGUUAGGAAAUCAUUUUCUAAAAUAUUUGAGAUGAAUAGUUGUUCUUUAGGACCAAAAGCUGCUUCUGCAGUAGCAAAAGUUGUUUUUGCCCAUCCUCAUAUCAAACUCUUAUCAAUUAAUGGUAACUCAAUUGGAAACAAAGGUGUAUUACAGAUCGCAGAGUUGAUUUAUCGUUCUCAUACUUUGAUAUCUGUUGAUGUUUCUUCAAAUUCAAUUGGUGAUUCCGGAGCAAAAGCUGUUUUCAUGGCAAUGAAAUCUAAUAAGACUAUUGUGUCUCUUUCAAUUGGUUCUUCAACUGGCGUUUCAAGAAAUUCUCUUGGAAGUUCAUCAGCUGCUGAACUUUCUUCUUUAUUAAAAGAAAACCAUGUGCUCUCUGAUCUCGACAUAAAUAUGUGCGAAAUUACUCAAGAUACAAUUUCCACAAUUGCAACUGGUUUGAAGUUUAAUCAUACAUUGCAAGUCUUAAAUCUCGGUAAUAACAACAUAUGUUCAAAGGGUUGUCGCAAAUUACUUCAUGCCAUUAUGAAUUCUCAAAUUACUACACUUAAUAUUUCGAAUAAUCAUAUUAAAGACGAUACGGCACCAAUAUUUGUUCAAUACUUUACUAAAAACGAUAAAAUCAGAUCGUUAAAUAUAGCAGGAAACCAUUUUACAAAAGUUUUUACAAAAGCCAUCGCACAAACUUUCGCGGAUUGCUCCCAGAUUACAGACCUAAACAUGUCACAUAAUCCUCUUGGUAGCCAAGGCAUUGACGAGUUCGGAGUUGCAAUUGCAAAUAAUCAUUAUCUCCAAAACCUUAAUAUAUCAAUGUGCCAGAUUGAUUCCAUCAAUUUCCAGAGUUUUUGUAACAAACUCGAGAAGAAUUCGUCAAUUUUGAACUUAAAUCUUUCCCAUAAUCCAAUUGGAGACCAAGGAGCUGUAAUGCUUUGUAAUGUUAUUAAAAAGCAUCCAACAUUAGUAGAUAUUGAUUUAGAACUUUGUGAAAUCACAGAUGUCGGUGGAGAUCAGUUGAUUCCUUGUUUUGAAGUUUCUCAAACAAUUCAAAGAGUUUCCGUUAAAAAUAAUCUUGUUAGAAACGGAAAAAUUCUUGUUGAUGUCACUCAGAACAAUCCACGUUUGAUUUAUUUUAAUAUCGAAUACAAUGAUAUAGAUUUCAAGUAUUAUAAUCAAACCAACAAGAAUAUUCAGUCCAAUUAUAAUCAUUGGCGUGGAAAACGUAAAGAAAAACUGAAAAAUCAGGUAAAUAAAACAUCAGAUGUUGAAUUUUCACUUUAUGCAACGAGAGAUAACAUUGUUAAUGAAAGAAAUGAAAUUGUAAGCCACCACUCUACAAUUGAAGAACUUAAAGUCAAAUGUGACGAAUUGAAAAUUACAAAAGAGGCCAGUUUGAAAGAUUUAGGCGAAAAAUUAGAAUUUGUGACCAAAGAAGCAUCACAACAGAUGGAAAGAAUCCAUGAUAUCAGACAAGAAAUGGAUUUCAGAAAAGAAGAAUUUGAAAAAGAUAUUGAAAUGUUACAACACAAGAAAUCAGUAGAAUUAGAUAACUUUAGACGUGAUACAUCAGCUCUCAGUGGCUUAGAAAGUAGAAUUGCUGAUACAAGACAAAAGGUUUAUUCUGAUAUGCAAGAAUUGAAUAACAGAGUUAUUGGAGCACGCCAGAAAUAUCAGGAUGCAGUUCAGUUAAUGAUUGAAGCUUGGCAAGCCGCCAGACAAGCUGCUGCAAAGAAUCAGCCUGAGAAACCCGAAAAUGAAAGCCAAAAGAGAAAAAAGAGUUCAAGAAGAAAGAAAAUGUCCAAUGCUGAAACUAAUCCGGACUCAAAUCGAACAGAAGGUUCGAAAUAA